CGCGCUCUCUCAAGCCGGUUGUCAGUCCACAAACCGGUUUGGCAGUGACGACACAGUGUUGAUACCAAAGUGCUGAGUACAGUGCCCUAGUGUUCAUUGAUUGGAUUGUUUAGUGGAAAUGGAAGACAAGCCUUAUAGUGUUGACUCUUCGGAUGAUAUUAACAUAGAAGAGGAAGAAGAACAGAUAGAAGAUAAUCACAGCUAUCCACCAGACUUCCCCAUAGAAGCGCUGGUGAAGCUCGAACGUCCCUCGCCACCUUUACCGACCCCACCGCAUACGCCUACAGACGACACGCCUCCAGCGGUCGUUAUAUCAAGACACCAACCUGGGUGGACCCCGCCGCCACCACAAGCUUACCCUUACCCGAGGCCAGCCAUGCAAUCGUCCUACCCUUACGACAAAACCCCAGUACCUACCUACGCGCAUCCAGCGAUGUCCGCGUAUAUGCAAGCUCAAGUCGCCACUCUUCCACCUUCAGCCCCUUACCACGCGAUGCUUGUCAAUCAAUGGAUCAGAAACGCUGCUCUCUACCAUCACUCCUUGAGAUACCCCGGAGUUAUAUCCCAGAGAAUGCCCGGGAGGAACCCUCCCCCGAUGAGAGCACCAGGCGUGCCUGGCGCUAGACCCAAGAAACAAUUCAUUUGCAAAUAUUGCAAUCGACAAUUCACAAAAUCAUACAAUCUCCUCAUACACGAAAGAACGCACACGGAUGAGAGGCCUUACUCCUGCGAUAUUUGCGGGAAAGCAUUCAGAAGACAAGACCACCUGAGAGACCAUAGGUAUAUUCACUCAAAAGAAAAACCGUUUAAGUGCACCGAAUGCGGCAAAGGGUUCUGUCAGUCGCGGACAUUGGCGGUGCACAAAAUCCUACACAUGGAAGAAUCCCCCCACAAGUGUCCUGUCUGCAACAAAAGUUUCAACCAAAGAUCAAAUCUCAAGACACAUUUGUUGACGCAUAGUGACGUCAGCAAACAUCAUUUGGAUCAUCUCGAAGGGUGCCAAGAGGUAUCGUCUACGAGUCAAGUUUCAGAUAACUCUUUAUUAGAUCUAUCACACAAACCUUCAUCUCCUCCAGCGCCACAACAUCAGCAGAUUCUAGCAAGUCCUCACCAAUCACCUGUAGAAACACCAAAAAGAACGUUAGGUUUCUCAAUAGAAGAUAUAAUGAAACGUUAGAUUAAUUAACUAUAAUAAGUAUCUAACUUCGUAUCUUUUUGUAAAUAAUUAUUUAAUUUUUCCACUUAUUUUGUUAGCAAAUUGAAUGUAAUCAACUAUUGUAAUUAUGUAACUUACAACAUCGGAGACUAAUUAAUUUGUAAUUUGCCAAAGAAUUAUCUCAUCGACUGAUAUCACGAGUAUUAAGGAUUUCUUUUUUUUUAAUUACAUUAUUUUUUUCUUCGUUUGUCGCAUUUCACACUUUUUUCCAAAAUUGUACUAUAUGUACAACUAUUUAUUAAAUGAGGCUUAUUUCAACUUGACGAUCUUUAUCACGACUAAAAAGACUGAAGUAUUGUUUUCUAAUUAUUAUUGUUAUGUUUUGCUAGAGAUUUAUUUAUUGUGAUAGCUUUCUAUGUUUAAUAGAUCAUGUUAGUGGUUAAUUGAAGUUACCUAAAAGUAUUACCAUUUCAAUCCAAAUUUUAUGAGGACAUGUUCAAAUCGGAAUAGACGUACCUUAUUUAUGAUUAAGUAAAUUAGUACAAUUUGAUAUAGCUAGUUGUAAUUCUCUUGUGUACAUAUAUGUAAAUAUGUAUAAGUCAAUAGAAUGUAAGUUCCCGAGGCUAUUUAAAGAUAAAUAUAUAAAGAAAAUGAUAUAAAUGAACAUUAAGAACUUGUUUUAUUUUAUUACAUUUAGCUUUGGUAGCUUUGGAAAAAGUUAUAAUAAUGAA